GACCAUCCCAGAGCCAUUGUCUUGGUACCUACCCGGGAGCUCGUUGGACAAGUUGUAAAAAACUGCAAAUUAUUGAGUCAUGUCGCAAAAUUUCGUUCUUUUGGUCUAGAAGGACGCACGAAUAGGGGAAAAGUAGCGAAACAAUUAGCAGAUGGGCCUAUUGACAUUCUUGUCACUACGCCUACGACGUUGCUCUCCUAUAUAGAAGAUAAUGUGCUGUCAAUAGCUGAUGCGCGAUAUUUGAUAAUUGAUGAGGCUGACUCGCUAUUCGAUGCGGGCUGGGGAGACGAUUGCCGAAAAAUCAUUAAAACCAUUCAGACGAUCACCGAAAAAAGGAAGGAUUAUACAGAAAAAAUUGUGGUUGUAAGCGCAACCUUACCACGCUCUGUUCAUACUGCUUUGGAUGCGCUAUUCCCUAAAAUGAUCAAGCUUACUACACCUUCAUUGCAUAAAGCCUUACCCAACUUGAAACAAUCUUUUGUGGAUUUAGAAAGGUUCCAAGGCAAUCGGCAAAUGGCACUCUUAGAAGUGUUGAAGAAAAAUAUUAAAAGAGAUGACAAGACACUUGUCUUCUGCAAUACAAAAAAAGCAGUAGAGAUUCUACAUAGGUUUUUAGGAACUAAGAAUAUUAAUGCGUUAGCCUUGUAUAAAGAUGCGCCCAUGAAUCGAUCAGAGGCGCUGGAAAUCUUUGCAAAGCCUUUAAAUGAGAAUAUUGUCAAUAAGAGCGGGGAAGAGCAGAAGAAAACAUUUGACCAGAAUAUUCUGAUCAGUACGGAUAUUGCUUCUCGGGGUAUUGAUACGACAUUUGUGGAUCAUGUUAUAUUGUACGAUUUUCCUACAUCUGUAGUUGAUUAUCUGCAUCGAGUGGGAAGAACCGCGCGUGCAGGUCAAACCGGUAAAGCCACCUCUUUGAUUGGACGUAAAGAUAGAAUGAUGGCAGACCGUAUUAAGCGAUCCAUUCGUGAAGGAACUGUGAUGACAUAA